GAUCGGGUAUUAGCAUGGAGGAGGCCGAUGGCUACCUUGGUGUCCGUCUUGUACAGAGGGCUACAGGGCCAGGGCUCGUCGGUAAACAGGAGGCGGCGGCCUCGGCCUCGGAAGGUGACCGGAAGAGGGAGCAGGAGAAACUCUCCGGUGUAGUGAAGAAUGUCCACAGGAAACUGCGCAAGAAAUAUCGAGAAGUGGGAGACUUUGACAAGAUCUGGCGUGAACACUGUGAAGAUGAAGAGACUUUAAGUGAAUAUGCAGUUGCAAUGAAGAAUUUGGCAGAUAAUUAUUGGGCCAAAAACUGUGAGGGUGAAGGACGGAUUGAGUGGUGUCGAAG